AUGCCCCCUCCAGCCCUCUCCCCAGUCACAGGCAAUCCCGUGCCCCCCUACUACAUCCACUCAAACACCCUCCACUUCCAGGACACCCACGGCCGAUCUCUCUUGCUGCGCGGCGUCAACCUCUCAGGCUCCGUCAAGCACCCCAAUGGUCAGCCCAGCCACAAGCUCGAAGGCUUCUGGGAGACCGCCGAGGCGGGAGAGGGCGACUUUAUCAACAGGCCGCUCAACCUAGACGAUGGCAGCGCAGAGGUCCAUCUCGCGAGGCUCAGAGCAUGGGGCUACAACAUGCUGCGCUACGUCUUUACGUGGGAGAGUCUCGAACACGAGGGACCCAAAAAGUACGACCAUGCGUACAUGGACUAUAUCAUUGCCGUCUUGCGCAGAUGCCAAGAGUGGGGGUUCAGGGUGUUUAUGGACCCUCAUCAGGACGUCUGGUCGCGAUUCAAUGGUGGAUCGGGAGCUCCUUUAUGGACGGUAUACGCUUGUGGAAUCGACCCACGCAAUCAGACGGCCACCGCUGCCGCUUAUCUGCAUAGUGAAUGGCCGAGCCCCGAGGCGCCUAAACCUGAAGAAUUCCCCGCCAUGAUCUGGGGCACCAACUAUACCCACCUGGCAAACCAGACUAUUUGGACACUGUUCUUUGCGGGCAAGACGUUUGCGCCCAAGUGCAUCAUCGAUGGGAAGAAUAUCCAGGAUUAUCUGCAAGACCAUUACAUCGAUGCUGUAGGCGAGCUUGCCAAGCGCAUUGCCGAUAACGCCCCCGAGCUGUACGACCGAUGCAUCAUCGGGUGGGAUACUAUGAAUGAGCCUGGAGACGGCCUCAUUGCCUAUGAAAAUCUCGCAGUCAUUCCCUCGGACCAGCAGCUCAAAAAGGGUCCCACACCGACUCCUAUCGAGGGAAUGCAGCUGGGUAUGGGUCAGGCUCUUGAUGUGCAGACUUGGAACUUUGGCCCAAUCGGACCCUACAGGGGUAAGAAGGAGCAAAUAGACCCCAAGGGAAAGAAGCUGUGGCUCAGCAAGGAAGAUGAAAAGACGAGGGGUGGCGGAAAGUGGGGGUGGACCAGAGGUGAAGAGUGGGAGAUGGGCACUUGUAUCUGGGCACAGCACGGCGUCUGGGACCCAGCGACAAACACCCUCCUCCGACCCGACUACUUUAAAACUCUCCCCUCCGAUCCUUCCCACCAUGUCGAUUUCGUAGCCGACUUUUGGUCCCUUCACUGGCUCGCCUACUCUUCUCGCGUACGGAUCCACCACCCGGAGGCGAUCCACUUUAUCCAAGCGCCCGUCAUGAAGCAGCCCCCAAAGCUGCCCGCCUCUUUCCUCGGAGGCCGGGCAUGCUCGUCGCCGCAUUUCUAUGAUGGGUUGACGCUCAUGACGAAACACUGGAAUUGGUUCAAUGCCGAUACUAUCGGGGUCAUCAGGAAAAAGUAUUGGACCGUUGCCCAAGCUGUGCGAGUGGGCGAGGCAAACAUCAGAAAGAUGAUGCAGGGCGAGCUGUCGGUCUUGAAGGAAGAUACUGUGGAGGUGCUGGGAAAGUAUCCUACUCUGAUCGGUGAGAUUGGCAUCCCGUAUGACAUGGAUGACAAGCAGGUGUACGGAUAUGUGAAUGGUGGUCGAGGCGAAGGCGACUUUUCGAGCCAGCAAAAGGCCAUGGACUGUUCCAUGAACGCUUGCGAUGGUCCCAACAACUUUAAUUAUACCAUUUGGAACUAUGUCCCAGACAAUGUGCACGAGUGGGGCGACAACUGGAACGGAGAAGACCUCUCGCUUUGGAGCCCAGAUAAUGUAGAGAAGCGAGGCUAUCAAGACUCGCCUCGUCCUGGGACACCCCUUCCCACUCAAGGGUCUUCUGACUUUACAGCUUCCUCAGCUACAUUAGCUGUCUCUUCGAGCGACAACGAAUCACUCGCUUCUCGAGUCAACCUCCAGACCGGCGACAUUCCGCCUUCUCUCAUCCUGAGUGGUGCCAGAGCCUCUGCCGCUUUCUGCAGGCCUUUCCCUGUAGCAUCUGUCGGUACGCCAGAGAGGAUCGAAUUCGACAUUGCCUCGACCAAAUUCACAUACUCUGUCCGAGUCCGGGCAGACGAUCUGGCCAAUGACCAAAUAUACACCGAGCUCUACAUCCCCUUUAUCCAUUACGCUGCCAAUCUGGACAGCGUCGGUAAGGGUGUAAACAACGUGCAGACGUCGAGCUUGGACAGUACCGCGAGCACGCUCACUUCUCGCAACACCUUCAAAGCCGACCUUAUCGAAGACGAGCGUACGGUAAAGAACCUCGAUCCCUCGUCCAUCUCUGUCCGGUCUGUAUCACCUGCGACUGCCCCCUUGGCGCUCCAGAUCGACAUCAAGGUCUCUCACGGCCGGACAGAGAUUGAAGGCCAGACGCUUAAAUGGUUCUACCCCGUUCCCAAGAGCGGGGAGGCAGUGUAUACCAUCGAGGUAGAGAGGAAGGGAGGCGCGCUGAGAAAGGAUAAGGGAUAUCUGCAGGAGGGAAGCUGGUUUGAUGUAUGUCCUGGUGAAUGUGUUGUAGCAUAG